CAAAUCGCCUACUUCACCAAUCUACAUAUAUACACACAAGAAGCAUCCCGCGUUCGACUGCAUCGCAUCACAGCAUAUUCCCCCUUUUCUGCUUAUUUCUAUUUAGGGCUCAGAUUCCGCUAAUCUUCUCUAUCUUCAACAAGAUAUCAGCUUCUGCUAUCCAUCAAAACGUUCAACCAUGGCAACCCCAGAUGUUUUUUUGCAGGGAGAACACGAUAUUUUCUCAUCGGCUUCUCGAUUUGAUCAUACGAAAGGCGAUGCGAAAUCUCGAGGAUUUGCGCUUGAGAAAAAAAUCGAAUAUCUUGAGAGCUUGAACGACAGAGUCAGCAACAGACGUGCACGAAGAUGGAUAAAUGAUCGUAUCUUGUUGGAGCUUGUACCUCGUUUGACUGGAGAUGAAAUUAGAGGCCUGUUUGCUCCACCACCUUGGGGUGACGAGGCACAACCUUCACCCUUUUGCUUCACAAACGUGGGGGAGUGGGACAAAUUUAGGAACAUCGACAUGGAUAAGGAGGCUGGUGCAAUUGAGGCGCUUAAAGGUUCUUCUUCAUCAAAGAAGAAAAGCCGUGUGGAUGCUGAUAAGAUCGCUGCUUUGACUGCAUGGCACAGGGUCGACUGCAAAACUAGAGACGCGUUCCGCCGAAGCUUCCUUCCUGAACUUGUUAAUGGUUAUGAGGAGAGCAUUCGGGGCUUUGUCUCGGAGGCAGGUAAUGAGGAGGUUCUGGUGAUAUAUGUCCAAGACCCUUUCCAUAGGUUGCUACUUCAUGGUGUUUGUGAGUUCUAUAACUUGGUCUCAACAACCGAGAUGGAAACAAAAGGGGCAAAGGUUGUGAAGAUGACAAAAAUCAAGAAGAAGAAAGCGGGUAACAACGACCUCCCAACCAUCACGCUUUGCCAGUUUAUGAAAAUGGCAAAAGGCGGGUUCUGUGAAAGGUUGCUUGAACCGCUUAUUGCUGAAAUACAUUCAUUGUUCUUCUUCCUUCUCCAUUCUCGGCUUCUAGAUGAAUUUCUCCGAUUCUCCAUUGUUCAAAAUUUUAUGAUGAUUCAAGUUGCCACUUACCAGUACUUGCCAGGAAGGGGAAACAAUCGGAUACUAAAACGCAGGUGUCGACUCCGGCGGAGAGUGGCGGACGUUGGCCUGAAGGCUUCUGUUAAAAUGGCGAAAAAGCUUGUUAAAUAUUCCGUGGUGGAUGCAUUUACUGAUACCGCGUUCAAAGGAAAUCCGGCGGCUGUGUGUUGGUUAGAGGAGAUAGAGAAAGAUGAUAAGUGGUUGCAGUCAGUUGCGACUGAAUUCAAUUUAUCCGAGACUUGUUACUUGACUUCAAUCGUCGACCACGGCUCGGAGAAUCCUAGAUUCCAUCUCAGAUGGUUCACUCCUGUAGCUGAGGUUGAACUUUGUGGUCAUGCUACUUUAGCAGCCUCCCACUUCCUUUUCGAAUCAGGCUUGGUGAAAUCUAACACAGUUGAAUUCUCAACCCUUUCUGGAAUUUUGACUGCCAAAAAAGUUCCUGAAAGAAGCAACGAAAAUGGUGCAGCACAAACCAGCUUCCUGAUUGAACUGAACUUCCCUGUUGUUCCAGUUUCAGAUUCUAAUGAUUUUGAGGUUUCAACAAUAAUUUCUGAAAUAUUGAAUGGUGUUUCUGUUGUUGAUGUAAAGAAGACAGCAUCAGAUGACAUCCUUGUGGUGCUUCCAUCAGGAAAGGAAAUUGCGGAAUUGAAGCCGCAAUUUGAUAAGAUGAGAAAAGCACCAGGCAGAGGGAUAUUAUUCACAGGACUUGCGCCUAAUGGAUCAGGGUUUGACUUUUAUAGUCGUUUCUUCUGCCCUAAAUAUGGAAUUGAUGAGGACCCUGUUACCGGAAGUGCACACUGUGCCCUAGCAGCCUAUUGGAACGAUAAGUUGGAGAAAUGUGAUUUUGUUGCAUACCAAGCAUCACCUAGAGGUGGCAUUUUAGAUAUCCAUCUAGAUAACAAGAAUCAAAGAGUACUUCUUCGAGGUAAAGCCAUCACAGUCAUGGAAGGCUCUCUUUUGGUCUGAAGAUGUAAAUGUAAUCAAACGCCAUCUUGGUUCCAAGUAAACUAGCUGUUGUCUGUUAUUGCAAUAAAUUCUAGUUCCAAGAUCUAGAUGCAUGGAAAUUAUGAAAGCAUAAUUAGUUUACUGAACCUUUAUGUAUAAUGCAUUCGUACGUGCACCGAUUCUUAAUAUUAUCCGUCUAUCUUUUAUAUGCACAGUUUCUGCAGAUCAUAAAUGGACAAAAUUCUGUGCAGUGCAGCGAUUGUUAAGACCAAUAUUCGGCGAACACGUUGAUAUAUAUUAACAUUGAACGUAAUAAUUAUGUAACACACCAUAAGCAUAUAUCAUACAAUACUCGAUAUGACUGAAAAAGCAAUUAGAAUUACAGCUACC